UGUUACCUAUUUUUAAAUUAUUAUUUUAGACAUUUUAAUUUUAGAAAAAUGGUUCAAUUGGAAAAUGUCGAUCCGAAUUCGCCUUUGACCGUUAGAGUCGAUGUGGAAACUCCAAGUUUAUCAAAAUUAGAGAGAGAUUGUUUUGGCCAAAAACCAAUUCAAAUUAUUGGAGAAACCUCUUGUUGUGAAACAAUUUAUUUUUUGUUAAAACUGGAAGAUAAAAGCUAUGCUGUGCUUUUGCCUUUUGAUGAAGUGAAGAAUAAAUAUCCAAAAUUGUUUGAAAAUUAUGGGAAAUAA